AUGGCUAAAAGAGGAGCUGACUUCCAGAUCACCAAGGACGGGCCGGGGCGCCUCGACAGCGACUCCGACGAGCCGGGCAAUGGGCCCAAGCUCGCGCUGGCGGAGGUGAUGGCCCAGCGCAAGAUCGCCCGCCCCCGGCGCCGUCUCGGCGGCGUCCCCACCGCCGCCCCCGGUAACGCCGCUACUGGCGCUGCUACUAGCGCCGAUAAGAAGAACCAGUUAUACGCCCUCAACUCUCAGUUCAUCAAGGCGCUUACGCUGGCGCACUCUACGGAUAAAGUGCUGGACUUUAGCCAGGCGUGCUCGCUGUAUCUUCGCUAUUUCAAUGAGAAGGGGUUUCUGAGUUUGUUUGACGGGAGCCUGGCGUCGCCAGUAGCGACUGCUUCAGCGCCGUCAGCGGCGCCAUCAGCGCCGGCGUCGCUGUUUGCGCCCUCAGCGCCAUUCUCGAAUAGCGCCGGCGCCAGCGCUAGCGCCCUGACCAAGGCUAAUGACGAGAAGCCGAACCCGUUUGCGUCGCUUAAAAAGCAUACCGACACCAGCGCCUCGUCGCUGCCGGCGCCCGCUUUCCCUUCCACCACCACCACUACCAAACUGAGCGACGACAAGCCUAACCCUUUCGCCUCGCUCAAAAAGCACACCGACAGCGGUAGCGCCACCCCCUCGGUGCCGUCGCUGGCGUUCUCGUUUAGCGCCACCACUAAGCCCAAGAUUGACGCCAAACCCGCCACCCCCACCACUACCGCCACUCCUCUGUUCGGUGGUUCUACCGCUGCCGCCGGCGCCAAUGCGCUGGCGCUGACACCGUCGCUGGCGUUCUCCUUCGGGUCAGCGCAACUGGCGCCUAAGCUUGCUGAACAACCAGCGCAACCAACCUCUAAGCCGGCGGCACUGGACGACGUGAUCAACCUCGACACCGAUAGCGACAACGACGACGAUGAUAAGAAGGACGAAGGGAAGACGGAAGUGAAAGGGCCCACGUUUACUUUGCUGACUGUCCCCACCAAGAAGCGCACGGCGUUUGAGUUUGGCCGCCAACCGAAGCCUAAGGAUAGCGACGACUCUGAGUCCGAUGUCGAACUUACGGGGCCCACGUUCCAGUUUAACGCUCAGGGCGCCAAGCAAACGAAACCGGUGUUCUCGUUAGCUAAGACUGACGAUAAGGCCGAAACUAAGUCCGAGACUAAGUCCGAUGAUAAGCCCGCUGACCAGGCGCCUAAACUGUUCUCGUUUGGCUCCACUGCCAACAACAACAACAACAACAACAACAACAACAACAACAGUGACGCGGCUAAGCCUCUGUUCAGCUUUGGUGGCGCCAGUAAGGAUGCUACUAAGGAAGCAGCCAAGCCUCUGUUUAGCUUCGGUAACGCUUCUACUACCACUGACGAUAAGGCUAACGACACCGCUAAACCGUUCACUUUCGGCGGUGCCACUAACGACAAGGCUAACGAUACUGCCAAGCUGUUUACGUUCGGGUCGUCGGCGUCCACUACCGAUAAGCUGGCCACUACCACGCCUCUGUUCUCUUUCGGCGCUACCACUUCCACCACUAACGCUAAAGAUGACGGCGCCACUGCUCCGGCUGCGCCUCUGUUUAGCUUUGGCACUUCUUUCCAAAAGAAGGAUGCCGUUGAAGCCGUUAAACCGACGUUCUCCUUUGGCUCCUCUGGCAAUGACAACAAGCCGGUAUCGGCGUUUGGUACUACUACCACGGAGAAGCCGGCUGAGACCUCGGAAAAGCCGACGCUGGCGUUCUCGUUUGGCAAACCCGCCGACACCAACGACACCAACGACACCACUACCAAACCGACCACGUUCCUGUUUGGUAAGCCCGCUGACAACAACAGCAACAGCAGCAAUAACACGACUCCCGCCUUCCUGUUUGGUAAACCCGCUGAGCAGAAGCUGGGGGCUCCCGCGUUCUCCUUCAGCAGUGCGCCGGCAUUCGGCAACAACCUGGGCUCAGACAAGCCGCUGGCGUUCCUGUUUUCCUUCAACAAGCCAGCGAAGCCUGCUGCUGCCGCUGCUGCUGGCUCCACUUCCACUUCUGGUGGCGGUGACAACAACGAAGAAAAAGUGGAAGACGCUGAUCUGACGGCGACUUUCACCCCCGUGGUCAAGCUCAGCGAGAAAGUGGAGCCGAUCACCGGCGACGAGAACGAGGACGUCGUCCACACGGCGCGGGUGAAGCUCUUUGAGCUCGUCACUGACGACAACAAUAAGCACUACGAACCCAAAGGUUUGGGCGACUUGAAGGUGUUGAAAGACAAGGACACGGGCAAGAGCCGGGUGGUGGUGCGCUCCGAGGGCGGCAACCGGGUGUUGCUCAACGCGCGGAUCCAGAAGAGCAUCACCUACUCCGUCCAGUCUAAGGUGAUGGUGCUGGUGCCCACGGUGGAGGCCAAGGACAAAGUGGUGAUUUACGGUGUCCGUGUCAAGACGGAGGAGAUGGCGAACGAGUUGUUAGCGGCGCUCAACCAGGCCAAGAGUUGA